AUGUCUACGCGUAUAUACGAAAAAUCCAUAUACCGCAUCAAAUCCUUGCCAGAGCUCCUAUUCGCAGCACUCCAGGUUAGCAGCUACCUCUCCGCACCGCCACGUUUCCCCAGCCUAGACCCACCUGCACCCGCAUCAGGCAUUUGCGCCACACAUCGCUCCAAAGACGUGUCUACUACAGCCAGUGUAAUGCUGCAUGCUCGUGCCAGGCCAAACCACUUCUACUUGCUCUCGACCAUUUCUCAAACCACGGUAAAUUCCGAUACUAGGAAUAAACAAUUCAAAGAAACAACACAAUAUACUCAAAGAAACAACAAAACAGAGCGACGACUCAACAUGGCAGAGGAAUUGCUGGACAAAGUGCGGGACGUGGUGGAAGGCCAGAUAGAUUUCGAAGGCCAGCGACGUGCCGAGGGCUACGCAACCCUCCUGCUCUCUCUCACAGGCCUCAUCGCUUUCAACGUCGGAUACCUUUUGCAAGACAUUGUCAAGUGCCUCUAUGUUGGAUUGGGCGGCACGCUAUUGACGUUUCUCAUUAUCGUUCCUCCCUGGCCGUUCUAUAACAAGAAUCCGGUCAAGUGGCUACCUAUCGGAUCUGCAUUCAACACCGGCGGGACAUGA